AUGACAAUGGGGACUAGGGAAGAGAGACAUAAUCAUCAUGAUUUUGUGCCGUUGGCUGCACUGAUCGGCAAGGAAUUGAGAAAUGAGAGAAUGGAGAAGCCAACAGUGAGGUAUGGAUGUGCAGCACAAUCAAGGAAAGGGGAGGAUUACGUUUUCACCAAGACUGAUUGCCAGAGAGUUUUGGGGAAUCCUUCCACAUCCUUCUCUGUUUUUGCUGUAUUUGACGGGCACAAUGGGAAUGCAGCUGCAAUUUAUUCUAGGGAUAAUUUGUUGAAUCACAUUUUGAGCGCCAUUCCUCGUGGUCUUGGACGGGAAGAGUGGUUACAAGCUUUGCCUCGGGCUCUAGUUGCUGGAUUUGUUAAAACUGACAAAGAAUUCCAGAGCAAAGGACAAACUUCUGGAACCACAGCUACACUUGUAAUAGUUGAUGGUUGGACUGUAACUGUUGCAUGUGUUGGGGAUUCACGCUGUAUUUUGGAUACACAGGGAGGUGCUGUCUCGGCAUUGACUGUAGAUCAUAGACUUGAAGAAAAUAUUGAGGAGCAGAAACGCGUCACAGCAAGUGGAGGCGAAGUUGGGCGAUUGAGCCUUUUUGGUGGACCUGAGGUAGGCCCUCUGCGCUGCUGGCCAGGAGGUUUAUGCCUGUCAAGAUCAAUUGGUGAUAUGGAUGUUGGGGAAUAUAUAGUUCCAAUACCUCAUGUUAAACAAGUCAAGUUAUCCAAGGUAGGUGGAAGGCUUAUACUUGCAUCUGAUGGUAUUUGGGAUGCAUUAUCAUCAGAAUUGGCUGCAAAAUCUUGUCGUGGAUUGCCUGCCGAACUUGCAGCUAAACAAGUGGUUAAGGAAGCAUUGAGGACACGGGGAUUGAAGGAUGACACAACAUGCAUAGUCGUGGACAUAAUUCCUCCGGACAACACUGUAGUAGAACCUCUACCUUCUCCAAAAAAGCAUAAUAAGUUCCUGUCAUGCUGUUUCAGAAGUGAAUCCCAAAAAUCUUCGAGUAAGCUCUCAAAGAAGUUAUCUGCGGUGGGUAUAGUAGAACUAUAUGAAGAAGGGUCUGCCAUGCUCGCUGAAAGAUUGGGAAAUGAUGAUUCCAACGGUCAGACAAAUGGUCUUUUUACGUGUGCAGUUUGCCAGAUUGAUAUCGCAUCGAGCGAAGGCAUAUCAGUUCAUGCGGGUGCCAUAUUCUCCACAAGCUCGAAGCCUUGGGAAGGACCUUUCCUGUGUGCGGGUUGUCGUGACAAGAAGGAUGCAAUGGAAGGAAAGCGACCUAGCGGAGUAAAAGUAUUGUGA